AAAAAAAAAAAAAAAACAAGGAUACUAGCAGCAGAGGACAAACAAAAAUUAACAGCAGAAAAUGCUUGAAACCGUAAAAUACCUGAUCGGCUCCCCUGGCCCAAGCGGCCAUGGCUCCAAGUCCACCGCCGAACAAGUCACUGAGAACUGUCCUAAUCUCCGUUCAUUCACCGCCAUCAUCACCGGUGCCACGUCAGGGAUCGGAGCCGAGACGGCUCGAGUGUUAGCUAAACGCGGCGCGAGGCUAGUCCUUCCGGCUCGGAACCUCAAAGCAGCGGUGGAAGCUAAGGCUCGUAUAGUAUCGGAGUUUCCUGAUUCGGAGAUUUUCGUCUUGGCUCUCGAUCUCAGCUCUCUCAAUUCGGUCCGAAGCUUCGUUGCAGAGUUUAUCUCUCUCAAUUUGCCUCUCAAUCUCCUCAUUAACAACGCCGGCAAAUUCUCAUACGAGCACGCAAUCUCCGAUGAUGGAAUUGAGAUGACCUUUGCUACCAAUUAUUUAGGUCAUUUUCUGUUGACGAAGCAGCUGGUGAAGAAGAUGAUUGAAACGGCAAAGACAACAGGCGUUCAAGGACGGAUAGUGAACGUGUCGUCAGGCAUUCACAGCUGGUUUUCCGGCGAUGUAAUUCGUAGUGUCGGGGAGAUAACUCGAAACAAAAGUUGGUACGAUGCGACACGAGCUUAUGCCCUGUCGAAGCUGGCCAACGUUUUGCACACCAAGGAACUUGCUCACAGACUGAAGCAAAUGGAGGCAAAUGUGACCGUGAAUUGUGUUCAUCCGGGAAUUGUGAAAACCAGACUCACCAGAGACCGUGAAGGCCUCGUCACUGGUCACCACAAUAAUCUGCUAAAACUGAGUCUUUAUUAUGCAGUCACACAAACCCUUUAUAGUACUUCUGAACUUUUUAUGUUAAAAAAACAUGCAGAUCUGGUAUUCUUCUUCGGUUCAAAAUUCGUCAAGACGAUUCCUCAGGCAGCUGCGACGACUUGUUACGUGGCAACUAAUCCUAGACUUAAGAACGUAAGUGGGAAGUACUUCGCAGACUGCAAUGAAGCUUCACCGUCGAAAUUGGGUUCCAACUCAACCGAAGCAGCCCGUUUGUGGUCCGCCUCUGAAAUUAUGGUUUCCGGAGGUUCAAAAUUAGCAGCAGUUUUUGAUCCAUUCAAUGAGUUAGACUAAAUGUAAAUUAGUUAUAGUUACUCAAAAACGUAGGCAAGGUAUAAAAAAUUUAUAUUUAUACAUACACAGGAAAACAAAAGGAUAGAUAGUCUCUUUCUAGUCCCUCUAUUCUAUGCUUACCACCAACUACAUUCCUUUGAUUGCUUGUUGUACUGUGACGGAUCGGGAAGAUAAAAUAUUAUUAUAUUAUAUAUUACGAGGCCAUGUAAGCUCUCAAAUCUUGAGUAUAUAUAGCAGCGUAAGUGCAGAGAAAUGUCGACUGGUGUAUGUGUAUGAUAUGGGUGGUCCAAC